AUGGCAUCAAAGGCACUGUGUAAAGUGGGAGAUGGGGGGGAGGCCAUGCUGAAGAAGGAAAACCUCAAUGUUCUGAAUGCACUCUAUCAAAUGUCAAAGCCUUUUCCAAACCCCAAGUCUAUGAACAGGACCGUCACUACCAAAGGACUCCCACUUUCCACAAGAGGCAGUUUGGUUAACUUCUUGGAGGAAGAUCCCAUCAAUCUACCGAAGCCGAUGCCAGUGGAGGAUUCUGAAUGCAGCUCUGACGACACCAGCAUCUCCCCACUCUCAUCCACCUUGUUGAAUCCCAUCAAACUGGCUGUGACCCAGCCCAACAGCAGCUUCUUUGCAGGGAUGCUAGAGGGGGAGCUGAACAAACUCAGCCUCUCCUCGAUGGGCAACGACACACACAAGAGGAACCUGGCUCUCUGCCCCCGUCCAUCGAAGUCCCAAAUAGUCCCUGGGGGCCUGCUGGACCUUGACAACCCUGAGCUGGACACAGACACCUCCUCAACACCCUCAGAGUCCUCUGUGGUCAUGGAUGUGCCGGAGGCGCCCUUCAUCUGCGAACACACAGUCAGCGACUCCACGGCUGUGAUUUCCUGGACGUAUUCCCUGGGCAAGCAGCAGGUCAGUUUCUACCAGGUCCUGUUGCAGGAGGUGGUCAAGACAAAAGACAAUGAGCCGCCCAAGACAAAGAAUCGCCCGUGGAUCUUCAACAAGAUCUUGGGCACUACUGUCAAGCUGAUGGAACUGAAGCCUAACACGAGUUACUGCCUCACCGUCCGUGCGGCCAACACAGCCGGGGUGGGGAAGUGGUGCAAGCCCUACAAAUUUGCAACCGUGGCCACUGACUUGAACAGCUUCCCCGAGAACAACCCCAUCCAGAUCACCGUGCAGCGCAAGGAACCCCAGCGGAAAACCGUCUCCAUCGGGUUGGAGGAGAUGCGGAAGCUGGAAGAUCUGGAAUACCUAUUUCCCUACUAA